CCUUCCUCUUCUGCCUCAUUCCAGUUUGGAAUGAGGCUCACUGUUUUCGAUUCCUGCUUUGCUUGCCUUUGAGCACUUGCCCUUCCUUUUCGGCAAGUGGUACCUGCAUCAACUAGAUUUUCGGGUGGUGGUCUCACGUGGUGAUACAGGCAUGCUGCAGCUCCACAUUUCCUUUGCCGAGACCUCGAUUUCGCUUUGCAGUCUUCUUCUGUGCUGGUUUGCUCGCUUGCUGGUCGGCUGGCUGGAUCUUAACCCUGUGCUUUGCUUCGCUUGUUUAUCACAGGUGUACCAUGCCUCGGAGUAAGCCCAAAAAAACACCGGCUCCUGCUGCUCGAAAGAGCCAUAACCGCCCCAGCAAAAAAGCAAGGCACAGUGAUGCAGUCGAGGCACGCUUGGAUCAGCUGUACACUCGGUUGGCUGCUAUAGAAGCCGAGCGGGCAGCAGUGCCGGCGGGGGGGCAGGUGGAGAGUGUUGCACCUCCUGUCCCCCUGGAACCACCGGUGGGCCAACUAGUCAAUGCAGGCGAUCAGCCUUCAUUGGCCGACAUUUACAGGGUGUUGGCGCCACAAGGGCAGACGGGGGUGGUUCCUGCUCAGCUAACCCUUGCAGAUAUAUAUCGCUUAGCACAAGGGCUCAGUGCGGGACGAGGUCCUAGCAGGGCUGAGGCUGACUCAGGCCAAGGGCCUUCCACGUCGCAUGUGGCUCCAUCUCCAGAUGUGGCUGUGACUUCUGAGGCUGGGGCAGCUCAGAUGUCAAUGGUCAACAUAGGAGCAUCCACCUCAACUGCUGCUCCAGUUCGACAGGUUUCGGGCUCUGGCCCCGUACGCUUCUCCGAGUCCCUUGAGAGUGCCGGCGCACCUAUGGAAUCUUGGCGAAUAGAGGUGAACCGUGCAAUUCUCAUGUCAUUGGCUCCAUCAACCCAGCUCGCUUAUCAUCGCAGCUGGCGGGUAUUUCAAAGGUUCGUGGCAUCAAUGGGGCUGCACUAG